GCCGCUCGUCUUUCUUUUUGUCGUUCUCUCGUGUGCGCGCCCAUAUCGGAAAGUCAUUCGUUAAUUACUUCAAAAUUCAAAUCUGUUUCACAUAAUACCGUUAUCGCUUUGAUACAGUCCACUCCUUUUGAAAACAGUCAAAAUGAUCGCCAUCACCUCCAUAAUACUCCUCUCCGCCCUCUCCAACACCAACACCGCAUUCGCAAAACUCACCACCUCAAUAUGGAUGCCAAACGGCAUGGACGACGACUCAGUCACCUUCCGCGGAUCCGUCAUCGGCGCGAACAAAGAGGCCGUAACCCUCGCCCUCGCCUACAAUGAACCCUACAACGCCUCGGAGCCCAUGGCCACCGUCACCGUCGCACCCACCUUCUGGGCGACGCAAACCACCUUGACCGACCCCGAAACCUCAGGCGACUACACCUACAGCGCGCAGUGCAGCAAGGCGCCACGCGCCCGCGCAGGAGCCUCAUGCUCGUACUCGUUCGCCGGCGUCCUCGCGCACGCCAUGGCCUGCGCAGACUUCACGCAGCAGGCCGAGUGGACCACCGAUUCGUACACGCUGCCCGCCUGGUGCACCGAGGGCACGGAGCUCCCGGCCAGCCUCGCCCGCGACGUCUUCACCCUCGCGCAGUCGGAGAUCGGCACCUACGAGGUGAUCAUCACGGCUGGUGAGGAGAAGUUGAGCGCUGUUGCGACGACGGGCGCGAGUGUUACGCCGUCCAGUGCGCAGUCUACGGGGUCGAACACUACGCCCACGGGAACUGGAAGCUCGACUGCUGCGAGCGCUGCGCAGAGUGGGAGCUCCGGAACGGGAACGGCGACGACGUCUGAGACGGGGGCUGCGGUCCCGUUGAGGACGAUGGCUCCUGCGCUUGCGGGCUUCGGUGCUGCGUUGGCGAUGUUUGUGGUUUGAGUGAGUGUAGAGAUGGGGAAUUGAGGGCGUCGCGAUCAAGAUAUCCAAAGACGUAAAUCUAUACAGUACAACAAUAUUAAUACCAUACAUAUCAAGCAACAAAGCAAAGCUGGAUAAAUUGGGCUCUGAAACUGGUUGGAAGUGCUUAUGUGCUAACUGUCAUGAUAGCAGAUCGAUUUGUGGGUUCAUGGUUCACAGGUGCAUAGCCGGAAGGGAAAUAUCAUCC